AUGAUCUCCUCCUGUCUGACCUCCCUUAUGGUUGAUCUCGAAGCCGGUCGGGCGGUUUUACGAACUAAACCUCUGGGCCUCGGACACACCACUAAACAGCAUCCGGAGAAACUCAAAGUUUUGCCGGACACCGGUUCUAUUCUCGUUCUUAUGAAUAAAAGUGUUUGCGUCUCCAAGAUUGAAUCAAUCCUGGCUGACGACAGUAAGUUCAAAAGGGAAAGGCAGAAUAAGGAUCAAAUCGAGAGCGUAGAAUUUCGACUCACAUCUUGUCUUCGGAAACUGGAAGAUCACGGUCUCCUUAGUGAACAAGAGUUAGAAGCGCUCAAACUCACAGGCACAGUUCCCCCAAUGCUCUAUGGUUUGCCUAGGAGUCACAAACCAGACGUUCCAAUACGGCCAAUAAUUGACAUAUGCGAUUCGCCAUAUCAUGCAACUGCCAGUUGGCUGGCAGACAAACUGAAACCGAUUCGGCACCAAAUAGCAUCGCACAGCCUACGGGAAACGUUUGAAUUCGUUUAG